AAUUGGAUUGAUUAUAAUCUAAUUAAUCUCAAGAAUAAUUUAAUUUAAUUUUUUUAUUCUUCUUUUUCCUUAUUCUAAUUCUAUAGUUAUGAUGGAUUCUUGUCAAUUAUGGUUCUGCUGAUCUCUUUGGUUGGAAUGAGAAAAUUAGUCUUUAAUCUUUGGUGAUCUUUUUGUUUACUAAUUCAACGGAUACAAUGUUGAUCGAAUUAAAUUAUCAUAUAAUCAAAAAUGAUAAUUUUCUACAAGAUUUUUAUUCUUUUCUUCAUAUGUGAGGUAAUUUGAAGGAACAGUUAAAUUCUAAAUUAAUUGCGGUUAAACGAUAAUGAACAAUUCUGGUGGACGGAAAAGAAAAUCCCAAAAAAACAUCUAAACAGGAAUGAUUAACUGUUUAAUUGCAAUCCUCAUGUAUUUAUCAUUCAUCAAUGGAGCCUGGUGCCUUGAGAGCUCUAUGGUAAUUGCCACAAAUCGUCCAACCAUGGUUAAUCUUUCAUGUUAUUCAUGUUCAUCACUGGAAGAUCCCUAUUGUCUGAAUGUUAGCAAUACAACACAAGAAUAUCUUUCUCGAGAAUGUCAAUCAAAGGAGAAAUCGUGCUCAGUGACACGAAUUGAAUACGAAAAAUCUGAUCAUACUGGUACAAUUUUCUGGGCAUUGGAACGUAAAUGCUCCUCAUCGUGUAUUCAAGGGUGCAUAAUAUUAGGUGAACGAACUAGACUUCAUUAUUGUAGUUCAUGUUGUUCAGAUGAUCUUUGUAAUACAAACUCGUUGAGCAUCAAAUUGAUGGAAACGUUUUCAUUGAUUGUUACUUUAAUCUUGGUUAAUACAAUGAUCACAUUGUCUCCCAGUUUACCUUCACUUAUAUCAUCUAGUCACUAAGCAUUCAAACAAUCAAUCAUCAUCAUUACCAAAGAAGACGAAAACAUCAAACAACGACUUAUACGAAUCAAAAAUAUUGUCAAUUAUUAUUAUUACCAAUCGACGCAAUUAAAAUAACACUAAAACAACACAUCA